AUGGAAGAGUCUAGUAAUCUACCUGUUCUCCUGUUUCUACACGGUGCAAGCAAAUCAGGAGACUCAUUCGAGGACUUGGAGAAACUGCGAACUGCAGUUAUUCCAAAGUACAUUGAGGGUGGCCAAUGGGGAGACCUUCCCUUCCUGGUCAUCUGUCCACAGGUCUACGAUGGUUGGCACCCCGACAACAUCAUGCUAGCUCUGCGAUUGAUCAAGCAGUACGAGGACAAUGCUGACCUUUCAAGACUCUAUAUCACUGGCCAGAGCAUGGGUGGUGGCGGUAUUUGGAGAUACCUUUUACAAAGCAAACAGGUGGCAGAUGAGUUCGCAGCGGCAAUCGUGGUGUGUGGCGCUGCCAGUCCACCUGAUGCCCAGCCCAAGAAUGGAAAUGGAAUGGUCUUGUCCAAUCUACCCGUAUGGGCCUUCCACAAUGACAAGGACAACACUAUACCGAUGAACUUCUCUAAAGGUUGGGUUGACCUUAACAACAAAGGUGGCAUCACACCUCAAUCAAAGUUGACCAUAUUAGACAACACUGGACACGAUGCUUGGACGGCAGCGUUCAAUCCAGACAAGUCCUCACCAAACUAUGUCUAUGAUUGGCUGCUCUCUUACACCAACAAACGAGCAUAA